CGGAAAUUUAAGAAAGGGGAAGAGCAAAAGAUUGUAAAUAUCUGUCACGAUUUAAAUUCUAACAUUUAAUAGCGUAGCUGAAUCUAAACCAAGUAUAAAUAUAAUGAGUUCUUCAGAUUCAUAUCACUCUGCCAUAUCUCCACUCUCCUGGUUAUUUGGUAACUGGGAAGCAGUAGAAGCGGAAGUUUCUUAUCCGACAAUGGAUACUUUAAAAUAUGAAGAAUUGCUCGAAUUCCAGCCAGUGUCUUUGCAGCCAGUUAUUCAGUACAAGUCUGAAACAUGGCAUCCUGAAAAGAAGAAAAAACUGCAUUGUGAAAUAGGUUUCUUAAAAGUGGAUCCUGAAACUCAAACUGUUGCACUUCUUGGUGCCCAUAAUUUUGGUAUGACUGAAAUUUCUGAAGGAGCUGUAACUGAACAUAUGCUUACACUCGAAAGUAAAUCUAUCUCUCAAGUGUCAUUUAAUAAAUUAGCAUCUGUUGUCAAGCUUGUCAGGAAAUUAUCACUGGAAAAUGAAGAAUUACAUUCAACUGUGUUAAUGGAAACUGUAAGUCAACCUCUUCAGAAGCACUUAGAAUGCAGAUACAGAAGGAAAUCUUCAAGCAAUUAAAUUUACUAAAAAAACUCUUUCUGGUGGUCCCCAUUUCAGCAAUGGCUGCCAAUAAUGCCUCAAACAUCUACUGUAGCUUCCCUUUUCAUUUAUUGUAAAUUGAAACUAGUGAGGAUAAUGAAUAUUUUACAAUGAAAAACCACUAUAUUGACACAUUUAUGAAAAAAUUUGUGAAAAAUCAAUUACAUCAUUAAUCGUUUGUUUCUUUCAUGUGUGCAUUCUGUUUCUUUCUCGCCAAUGCAAAAACACACCAAAUUCACUUUUUCAACAAGGUUUAGCAACAAGUACCCAAAUGUGUUUAAUUGAAUAUGUAGAUAUAUUUAAUAAAGUGAAAUAAUUAUAGUAUACACAACUGCAGUAAUUAUAUUGAUAUAAAAAGGGGCUGAAAUGUAAUAGAAAAUAAAGAAAGCCAAAUUUUAGAAAGAAUUUAUUUGGGGGGGGGAGAAUUCUGAAAAUUUUCAGAUUUUGUAUAUAAAGAGGCAU